AUCUUCCCCGUGCAGGCAACCCUCGGCCUCGGCAGAAGCAAAACAAUCGGGCUCGGGAGACACAACUGAAGUCAAUGAAGACUUCAUAGCAAAAGUAUUCCAUUAAACUUUAAUUGUAAGAUAAUUUACGAGGGAUAUUCACUAUGAUUAAGUUGUUUUCUAUGAAAAACCAGAAAAAGGAUGGCAGCGACGCUCCAAAACAAGGAACUCAGAAGCGUGCCUCAGCAGCCCAGCUGAGAAUCACCAAAGAUAUCAAUGAGCUGACUCUGCCCAAGACUUGUGACACUGAGUUCCCGGACCCCGAUGACCUCCUCACCUUCAAGCUGAUCAUUUGUCCUGAUGAGGGCUUUUACCGAGGAGGCCGUUUCAUCUUCAGCUUCAAGGUCGGCCCAAACUACCCACAUGAACCACCCAAAGUAAAAUGUGAAACAAUGGUGUACCAUCCAAAUAUUGACCUGGAGGGGAAUGUUUGUCUCAACAUCUUAAGGGAAGAUUGGAAACCAGUCCUAACCAUCAAUUCAAUAGUUUAUGGACUUCAGUAUCUGUUUCUGGAACCCAACCCAGAGGACCCAUUAAACAAAGAAGCAGCUGAAGUUUUGCAGAAUAACAGAAGAUUAUUUGAGCAGAAUGUGGUGAAGAGCAUGAAGGGUGGCUACAUUGGCAAUGUAUACUUUGAAAGAUGUCUCAAAUGAGACUAAAAUGUCAUUUCUAUCUGAGAUCACAAUUUUUUUAUAAUUUCCUCAGAUGGUACUGUCAAGUUAAUCAGCUAUAUGGCCUUUUCCUGUUUUCUCUCCAUGGUUAUCCUGCAGAUGGUUCCUCAUUAUCCCUAUGUAUGACUAUUUAUUAUUACAUAGCUAAUUGUAAUCUGGGUGACAAAAUCCAAAUUAAUUGUCUGCUCAAAACGGACAUAAACAAAGCAUUGUUUGCUCUCACAUAACUAUUUGUACUUUGUAAUUACCAUACAAAAUAAUGUGGAAAAUGUUUAUUCGUGCUUCUUUUCAUGAACAACAUAAAGAAGGCUACAGCUGUGAUUAACUCCACAUAUGUGUGUAGCAGAAGGUUCACAACUGUUGUGUUGAAUCAUUAAUUUUAUGAGUUACAUUUUUUUAUGUGCUUUGCACUGUGAGUUCAUUCCACUGCCCCAUUAAUGCUGCUAAUUGGAUGUAGAACAUAAUGCAUUAUAGCCUCAUCUCUGGCAGAGAGAUCUUGGAGCUUUACUUUUUAAAUUCAGUGUAGCCAAACAGGAAACUAUUGAGCUAUAGUAAUAAAGUUCUUUUAGGGGUGCUUAAUGUUUUGCUAUCAGAAAUAUUGUGCUGUAGGUUGUGUCCUUGGCAAAAAGUAAACAUAACUUUUUUUUGUUUGUUUUGUCUGAGGGAAAUGAGCAAUGGUAAAAAUAUUGAACAAGUACUCAAUCUUUCUUAAAUGUAAAGUUUUUACUUUCCUCAUAACCUUCUACACAGUUUCAAAGGAGGAUUACCCCUAAGAAAGACUAGCCUAGGUUAACCGUAAUUGAGUCAAUGCAAGGGCAGUUGCUGUCCUGAAGACCAUCUGUCAACCCGGACUUUAGAUUAACUCUAAAGAGAAUCAAGAAUGAACUCCAGGGUACAGCAUGACCCAAGCAAGAAGGCACCACAAUAAACACUUGCCUGUGUCAUAGCAGGCUGGGGCUGACCACCGGGACUCGUCAAGAAAGCCAUAGGCUAAACGAAAAAAAAUGCAGUGGAAAAGUCCAUGAUCCAAGACUUUACCUGUUAAGUCACUUAAGAAAAUGUAUGUACAUAUGCAGCAUUGUACAGAGCUUUUUUAACAUUUUAGUGAAAUCAAUACCUCCAUGAUGUUGGAAAUAUUAUCUGCUACAUACUACUAAGUGCUGAACUCUGUAUCACUCGUUGCUACAAUAAUGACUCAAACACUGAAGAACUGACGCGCACCAAGGGAAGCAAGCUUUUUGCUAAGAGUAUACAUAAAUAAAUGCCAGCAUGAGAGGUUUCAUAUUCAUUAUCCUCACUGUGCAGACUUAUCAAAGCACAAAUAAAAAUGAACCAGAA